AUGGCAGAGGGAAGCAAGUGCCCUGCGACGGAGGAAGACCGAAGCGUAGAUGCGUUGUGGACAGCUCAAGUUAGCAUGGCUCGGCAGAUGGAAGCCCUCACCACGGAGUUCUUCCGGUUCUCGGCAGAAAUGAGGACCGAGAUUCGAUCCCUGAGGACGAAUCGACAUUUCACGACGGGGGUACCAGUUGCGCCGGCAACCACACUGGCACUACGUCCUCACCCUCGUCGGCGGCGUCACAAUGCAGUUCCGAUAAUCUCAGACACAGAAGAUGAGGUGGAAGUUCAGCAGCCGAUUGAGGCGUCGGAUUCUGCAGAAGAGGAAAGACCAGCUUAUUAUGAACCUGUCCGCAGAUAUCCAGCUCAACACCGGGAAACAGGGGAGUUCCGCAUCAAGUUAGAUAUCCCAUUUUUUGAUGGUCGCCUUCAUAUCGAAGAUUACCUGGAUUGGGAGCGAGCUGUCGAAGCUUUCUUCGACUACAUGGAGAUAGCGCCCGAAAAACAAGUUAAGUACGUUGCCUGUCGUCUUAAGGGCGGGGCGGGAGCUUGGUGGAUGCAACUACUACAAUCCCGGCGACGAGAAGGGAAAGGAAAUGUAACUAGCUGGUACCGGAUGAAGCGGCUGUUGAGGGGGCAUUUCUUGCCGACGGACUUCGAACAAAUGCUCUAUGUGCAAUACCAGCACUGUUCACAAGGCACGCGAUCCGUCAGCGAAUACACAGAAGAAUUCUACCGCUUGAGUGCCCGGAACAACUUGAACGAGUCAGAAACUCAACUAGUGGCGCGCUACAUCGGCGGUUUGAAGGAAGCCAUUCAAGACAAACUUGAGAUGAAUUCCGUGUGGACUCUCUCUCAAGCAGUUAACUAUGCCCUCAAAGCUGAAAUUCAAUUGAACCGCCACCCAAGGAGUAGCACUGCUCGUCGCUUUGUGGUAGAACCAAGUGGAGAUUCCGGCAAGGCGAAUGCUCCUAGCGGAAAUAAGCUACCACCUCCACCCAGCGGAGGGGCUGGGAUCCUAGGAGCGGAACCUAAGAAUCCAAUCACCGGCCGAAUGAAGACACCCAUUAAAGACGCCAACCCAUAUGCCAAGCCGACGACAUUCAAAUGCUAUCGUUGUUUCCAACCGGGACACAAGUCCAACGAUUGUCCGAAUCGACAACAAGUCCAGCUGAUGGAAGGAGAACCGGAUGAUGAAUACCAGGGAGCCGAAUUGGUGAACGAACAGGACUUUGAAGAUCUACAAGCGGAUGACGGCGAGACUCUAGCCUGCAUUCUAGAGAAACUUCUCAUAGCGCCUCGGCAAGAUGGGAACUCCCAGCGGCACUCUAUAUUCCGCACACGCUGCACUAUCAAUGGCAGCGUCUGUGAUCUCUUAAUCGAUAGCGGAUGUACCGAAAACAUCAUUUCCCGAUCCGUUGUGCACAAGCUCCACCUCAAGACAACGCGCAAUCCACACCCCUAUAAGAUUAGUUGGGUGAAAAAGGGGGUAGAGAUCGCUGUAACCGAAAUGUGCAGGGUGACCUUUUCAAUUGGCAAAAGCUAUAUGUGCGAAGUUCUGUGUGAUGUCCUGGAUAUGGACAUUUGCCAUUUGAUCCUCGGGUGGCCAUGGCAAUUCGACACGGGAGUUGUCUACGACGGACGCGCCAACACAUACAGCUUCGAGUGGAAGCAACGCAAAAUCCGCUUGCUCCCACGGCUUACUAGCGAGGCAGAGAAGGAGGCACCCGGAAAAUCCACGAUGUUUGUGGUCUCCGGUAAUAACCUUGUUACGUCCUGGAAAGAAGACUCUGUAAUGUUAGCACUUGUGGCUUCAAAUGACGCUCCCGUCAAAACGGAAACUAACAUUCCAGUGGCUGUCCGCGAUAUCCUUUAUCGCUACAAAGAAGUCUGGCCAGCGGAGCUGCCUAAUGAAUUACCACCUCUGCGGAAUUUACAACACCAGAUAGAUCUCCAACCGGGAGCCAAUUUACCAAAUCUUCCGCAUUACAAAAUGAGUCCUCGGGAGCACGCUGCCCUGCAGGAAAUUGUUGAGGAUUUGCUUCGAAAGCAGCUGAUACAACCCAGCCUUAGCCCUUGUGCGGUACCGGCGUUACUCGUGCCGAAGAAAGAUGGCAGUUGGCGUAUGUGUGUUGAUAGUAGAGCUAUCAACAAAAUAACCGUAAAAUACCGCUUUCCGGUGCCCCGCCUUGAAGACAUGCUGGACAAGCUCGCUGGUGCCAAUAUUUUCUCAAAAAUGGACCUCCGAAGUGGGUACCAUCAGAUACGCAUACGGCCCGGUGACGAGUGGAAAACAGCCUUCAAGACGAGGGAUGGGCUUUUUGAAUGGCGCGUAAUGCCGUUUGGGCUCUGCAACGAUCCGGCGACCUUCAUGCGGCUCAUGAACGAAGUUCUUAAAUCGGUUCUGGGGAAGUAUUGUGUCGUCUAUUUUGACGACAUUCUCAUCUAUAGCAAUUCACUCGAAGAUCACUGCAUUCAUCUCUCUAACAUUCUUGCUAUUUUGAAAGAACACAAGCUCUAUAUUAACUUCCCAAAAUGUGAGUUUGCCACAGGAACCGUCCACUUUCUCGGUUUUAUCAUCUCCAGGCAGGGGGUGCACAUGGAUCCCCAAAAGGUCCAGGCUAUCACCGACUGGCCAAUUCCACGAUCAGUAACGGAGGUUCGAAGUUUCAUCGGGCUGGCCAACUUCUACCGCCGGUUUAUCAAGGGAUUCAGCAUCAUUGUUGCACCAAUCACCAACUGUCUCAAAGAGAAGUCCUUCCAGUGGACGCCGGAACAAGACCGCAGCUUCUACACAUUGAAGUCAGCGUUAACAACGGCACCAGUGCUCGCUGUCCCUGACUUUUCCAAGCCAUUUCAUGUGGACACCGACGCAUCUGCAAUCGGAGUUGGGGCGGUCCUCUCACAAGAGGAAAGGCCAAUCGAAUUCUUCAGCGAGAAACUGAGUCUGGCGCGUCAAAAUUGGUCUGCUUACGAGCAAGAGCUGUAUGCGGUGGUUCGAGCAUUAAAGCAGUGGGAGCACUACCUCCUGCAUCAGGACUUCGUGUUGUGCAGCGACAACCAUGCUCUCCAAUUCAUCAAUAGCCAGAAGACUAUGAACAAAAUGCAUGCCCGUUGGCUGACCUUCUUACAGCGGUUCAGCUUCGUUUUGAAGCACAAGUCUGGUGCGCAAAAUCGAGUCGCAGACGCCCUUAGUCGCCGCACCGCGCUGUUAACCAAGUUGCAACUUGAGGCUCCGGAUCUAAGUUCUAUACAGGAACUCUAUGCCACGGAUGAUGACUUCGCUGAGCCGUGGGGCAAGUUGACAAGUGAACCACCUAUGCCGCACCGAGAUUACUCUCUCAGACACAAUUUCCUGUUCAAGGAUAACGUGCUCUGCAUUCGCAAUAUGAGAUGCCUCAUUGAUCAGAGAGUGCUAUAA